GCACAUCUUCUCCUGUUCCUCCAGCGCCGAGCUCUUUUUCCCGGAAUCUUCCCUACCCGGUGCGGAGCUUCUGACAUAUCAUACCACCGCAUCGUCUAUAUCAUGUGUCCUUUCACCUCUCUGCCCACCGGUGACGGUCCCAACCAAUGCUCCUCGCCCGCUGCCGCUGCCGUCAAGGACUGGCAACCAAGGAGAAAAUCAGUGUCCAAUGCCUGCGAACGCUGUCGAAGGAGGAAAAUCAGAUGUGAUGGUGACACUCCAUGCUCGACAUGCAAACGAUUUUCGUUGCAAUGUGUGAGAUCUCAAAAACCACGGGAAGUGGUCGCAUCUGAACACCAAGCCGCACUGGAAGGCCGAAUCCACCAGCUAGAAGCCCAACUCGCUGCUCACGUAUCCGCUCCAAUGCACGGUAUGGAGACCAUCGACGAGAACUCGUACAUGGCCACGACACCCGCAAGUUUGACCCCUUCGAGCUUCGACUGGGGUCAAAGCCCUCCACCCUUGACUGUCGACACCAACUUUGGCUCUUCUUUCAGUUCGCACGGUGAAAUUGACCUGGCGAAUUUUUCGGCAGUUUCUGUGGGCAGUGUGCCCUCAAUAGCCAUCACUGAAUCCCAAACGAAACACUUUUCACCGUCACCGGGCCCUCCGCACACGGCACCCUCGUGGGAGUUUAUGGCUCAAGGAUACCAAGGUCAACUGAAACCUCACAAUCCUCAAAGUAUCAACAUGUCAAGAAGAACUUCCACAACCGCAUCGUCAAACUCCGUGGAUAGCGAUGAUGCUGGUGGAGACGAAGAUACCGAUGUCAUGCCUCUUGCUCCCGUGCCUCAUCUACCACGACAAGGUAUCUUUGCGGCACAUGCCGAAUCGCCCCCUCCGGGAUCUACGAGAUCAGCGUACACAGACAGGAGUCGCGCGAUCGUGACCACGCCCUUUCCCAGUCGAUUCGAAGCCGAGACUUUGACUGCUGAAUUUGUAGGCUUCGUCAAAUCCCUGGAGCAAAAGGUCUAUUCCGUUACGCCUGCGCAAUUCAGCCGCAUGUGCGAAUUCGUUUACCCAGAUCCCAAGAAAAGGGGAGUGUCUGUAGACGUCUCUGUCUCCACUCAAAUGGCGCGAUUUCAUGUCUUCAUGGCCAUGGCCAUCGGCAUGAAGAUGCGGAUCAAGGAUGCCGCCGAAAACACCAACUCACUACUCGACACGUGCUAUGAUCUGGCCGUGCAACAAGCAUCUGCACCCACGUUCUGGCAGGAGCAGGGAGGUAUGGAGGCUGCGCAACUUCUCAACAUCUUCGCCUCGAUACGUCGCGAGGCGUCGUUCGAGCCCCGACCGCUGCAGCCUUCCUUCUCUUGGUGACCGGACAACGAGCUAAACAAUUCUUCCAGCGUUUAACGAGUGUCCUUCUAUCAUGGACAUGGAAUUCUUCGUCAUCGAGACACCAUGCGCCGUGGCAUAUUGAGCCUAUGAUGGCCUACUCAGGUAUCCCUGCCUGAAUCGAUCACAUUAGCGAAACCGACUGAAUCGAGCUUCUAUUGCUGUAGCCGAUGGUUGUUCUUGUAUAUUUGCGCAGUAUCGCGCAUCUCUUCUUCUACUUGUCUUGCUUGCAAUCUACUGUACAUAUUUGCUAUUUCACGACAAACUCCAUAGACUUUUUGACGCAUUUCCCAAAAGGCCUCAAACUCGAGCGCUGGAAUACUGUGCUCACAUAAACAAAUGAAAAAAAUAGAUUCAUCAACUGAUCAACUCACAUAUCUUGGUAAACUUCUUCAAAUGGAAUGCAACAGAAUAGCUGGGAACCUCGACAUGCUGUCAUCCGCUGAAAGCAUUGGUGUUGGUGAAGGAUGUAGUAGCCGUCGUACCGGAUCGACCGGCCCGAAUUGUCAAGCAUGGGUGUCUC